AUGGAAAGAUUACAACAAGUCGCUUCACAGGUGACCUCCGCGGUGUCUGCUCCUGCGGCCCCUGCUCAUCCUUUGGACCCGUUAUCCCCUCAAGAGAUCAAGUACGUCACUUCGAUUGUCAAGGAGAAAUACCUGGGUAAAACCCUUAAUUUCAACACCGUUACUUUAAGAGAACCUCCAAAGAACCUUUACUACAACUGGAAGGAAAAGAAGGGUCCAUUACCUCCUCGUUUGGCCUAUUUUGUUGUUAUCGAACAGGAUGUUACAGCAGUUCAAGAAGGUGUGGUUGAUAUUCCAACUGGCCAGAUCAUCCAAUUAAAGCAGACUGAAGGUGUGCAACCAAUCUUGACCACCAAGGAUUUGUCUGAUACCGAAGAGAUUGUCAGAAAUGAUCCAAAUGUCAUUGCUCAAGUUGUACUCUCGGGUUUGGACAAGAGUGAAAUGAAGAACAUUUACUGUGAUUCUUGGACCAUUGGAUACGAUGAAAGAUGGGGUGCUUCCAGAAGAUUGCAACAAGCGUUGAUAUACUGGAGAAGCCACGAGGAUGAUUCUCAUUACUCCCAUCCCUUGGAUUUCUGCCCCAUUGUCGAUAUGAAUGCUGGUAAGGUUAUCUUUAUUGAUAUUCCUACCAAGAGAAGAAAAGUAUCCAAACACAAACACACGGGUUUCCACCCAAGAGAUGUUGCUUCUAAGUUCGGAACCAAGGAAAACCCAUCUGGUUACAGACAAGAUGAUACUCCUAUCAACAUUACUCAACCAAAUGGGGUUUCUUUCAACAUGCAAGGAAAUGUCAUGGAAUGGUCCAACUUCAAGUUCCACAUUGGUUUUAACUACAGGGAAGGUAUUGUGUUGAGUGAUGUCAACUACAAUGACCACGGCAAUACCAGGUCUUUGUUCCACAGAAUCUCUUUGUCGGAAAUGAUUGUUCCUUAUGGAUGUCCCGACUUUCCUCACCAGAGAAAACAUGCGUUGGAUAUUGGUGAAUAUGGUGCUGGUUACUGUACUAACCCAUUAUCAUUGGGAUGUGACUGUAAAGGAGUGAUCCAUUACUUGGAUGCCCAUUUUGUCGAUAAGUUUGGUGACCCUUCUACCAUCAGAAAUGCUGUCUGUAUCCACGAAGAAGACGAUGGGAUUUUGUUCAAGCACUCCGACUUCAGAGACGAUUUCCAAACCACCAUCAACACCAGAGGUAAGAAGUUGAUCAUCUCUCAAAUCUUCACCGCCGCUAACUACGAAUACUGUUUAUACUGGACCUUGAGACAAGAUGGUACCAUUAAGUUGGAGGUCAGAUUGACCGGGAUCUUGAACACCUACAUUUGUGACGAAGAUGAGGAUAUUGGACCAUGGGGAACCAUUGUUUACCCCAAGGUCAAUGCCCACAAUCACCAGCACUUGUUCUCCUUGAGAAUCCACCCUAGAAUUGAUGGUGAGGGUAACUCUGCCGCCACGUCGGAUGCUUGUCCUUCGCCUUAUCCAACUGGAUCUCCUGAAAACGUCUAUGGUAAUGGGUUCUAUGCAAAGAAAACCGUAUUUAAGACCGUCAAGGAUUCGUUGACCCAAGCAGAAUCAAAGUAUGCCAGAACCUGGGACAUGUUUAACCCCAAGUCCAUCAACAAGUACUCCGGGAAGCCCGCAUCUUACAAGUUGGUGUCUACCUUCUGUCCUCCGGUGUUGGCUCAACCCGGCUCAUUGGUGAGAAAAAGAGCUCCAUGGGCUGAACACACCACACAAGUUGUUCCAUACAAAGACGAGGACUUUGGAUACGGUACGUUGUAUCCAUCAGGUGACCAUGUUGCUCAAUGGAGUGGUGAUGGUUUGAGAGGAAUGAGAAAGUGGAUUGGUGAUGGAACCGAUAAUGUUGAAAACACUGACAUUGUGUUUUUCCACACCUUCGGUAUCACCCACUUCCCAUCCCCAGAAGACUUCCCCGUCAUGCCAACUGAGAUAUUCGACUUGAUGUUGAGACCAAGACAUAUUUUCACAGAAAACCCUGUGCUCGAUAUCAAGCCUUCGUACUCCAAGAUGACUUCAGAAGUCAGAACGGGGGCCAAGGGUUUGGAUUCAUGUUCUUUGAACGUUGACUCCACUUCCAGAUUGGCGUUCAACAAGACAUCAUCGUCAUCUGACUCGUGUUGCUCUAAGAAGUAG